GGAAAUCGCUAAGUAGCGAAACAGAAACUAUCUGCAAAACAUUAUAACUCAUAUGAUUAAUGUUUUUUUUAUUCAGCAUCUAUGUACUCCCGGGAGGAUACUGUGAGCUGGUUGCUGGGUAAAAAAGCUGAUCCAGACCUAGUUGGAGGACCAAUGCAGCAAACAUGUACUCAUCUUGCAAGCUCUAGACAUAGUAGUCAAUCUUCACAAGUUGUGAAAGCAUUACUUUUGCAUAGUAAAAAGGACAUCAGAUCCAAACUAGAUGCAUCUGGAAAUAUACCGUUAUUCUGUGCAAUAGAAGCUGGAAAUAAUAACACCUGUCGGGAGCUCCUUUCCCAGCUUCCUGAGGAUCAGGUUAAUAUGACCAAACAACCCAUUGGAGACACUGCAAUGCACUUGGCAGCAAGAAAAAAGGACGCAAACUUGAUCAAGUUACUUGUUGAAUCUGGAGCCUCUGUUGAUAUUCAGAACACUGAAGGCCAAACAACACUACAUCUAGCAUGCAUUCAUGGUAAUGAGGAAGUUGUUCGUGUAUUGUUCAUGGCCAGGGCAAAUGCUUCUAUCACAGAUGUUGAGGGUCGUGCACCCAUUCAUUUGUGUGCUGAACGAGGUUAUACAAACAUACUGAAUUUCCUGGCUGAUAAAUUUAAGGCCUCCAUCUAUGAAAGAACAAGGGAUGGCAGUACUCUUAUGCAUAUUGCUGCUGUUAAUGGCCAUCCUGAAACUGCAUUGGCUCUUUUUGACAAAGGAGUCCCAUUGUUGAUGCCUAACCGAUUUGGUGCCAGAAGCAUUCACACUGCAGCAAAGGAAGGUCAUGUUAAUGUUGUAAAUACAUUAGUGAAGAAAGGUGAGAAUGUGGAUGCCAAAACAGGAGAUGGACUUACUCCAUUGCAUGUUGCUGUUGAAGCUGGCAAAUCAGCAGUGGUAGAAUGUCUUCUUGGAAAUGGGGCAGAUGUUCAUCUAAAAGGAGGCAAGCAACAAGAAACAGCUCUUCAUAUAGCAGCAAGGAUUGAAGAAGCUAAGGGAGAAAGAUGCACAAAAAUGCUUGUUCAAUCUGGUGCUGAUCCAAAUCUUCCCAUGGGAGAUGGAAGAACGGCUGUUCACAUUGCAUCUUCUAAUGGAAACCUUGCAGUGUUAAGAUCUCUUUUACAAAAUGGAGGAGAUGCACAAAUUUCAGACAAAGAGGGAGAAACUGCUCUGCAUAAAGCAUGUAAAGCUUGUAAUUUUCAAAUUGUUCGUGAACUGAUUCAAUUUAUUCAGGGGUUUAUUGGCAACUGCACCGACUAUGUUAAUAAAGUAAAUGCUAAAGGUGAAACUGCUUUGCACUAUACUUGUAUUAUAUCAAAGAACUUGCUUCAUUUUCCUGAAGAAGACAAGCUCAUAGUUAAAAUGUUGAUGGAUAAUAAUGCUGAUGUAACUGUUCAAACUGUGACUGCACAAGAAUCAGCAUUUCAUUAUGUUUCUUUAUCUGGAAAUGCUGAAAUUCUCCAAGAAAUACUCAACAAAACAAAUGUUGGACUCACCCAGUUAAUUGUAAACAAACAAAAUACACUAGGUUGGGCUCCUUUGUUAGCAGCUGCUAGUAGAGGUCAUAAUGAAGUGGUCAACAUCCUUCUUAAAUACAAUGCUCGUGUUGAUGUGUUUGAUAAUGAAGGAAGGUCUCCGCUACAUUUAGCUGCUGAGUAUGGUAGCAUGGAAGUAUGCCAACUUCUUCUUGAAAAAAAUGCAUUUGUAAAUAGCAAGACCAAACAAGGACUUACUGCACUCCACUAUGCUUCAUCUAAGGGUAAUGUAGAUUUGAUUGAUUACCUUGUCAGUAAGCAUGGAGCUUCUAUUGAAUCUCUGACAAUUAAAAAGCAAACACCUAUGCACCUUGCUGCAUUAAACGGAAAGCUGGAGGUCUGUCAAAAACUUAUGGAUCUUGAGGCUAUGGUUGACUUUAAUGAUGACUUAGAUCAAAAGCCGAUACAUUUGGCUGCCCAGAAUGAUCACACAGAUGUUGUCAAACUUUUCUUAGAUAACCGUCCAUCUCUUGUUUCUGCAACAACAAAGGAUGGUAAUACACUAGCCCAUAUUGCAGGGAAGAAAGGGUCUGUCGAUGUUCUUAAAGCCAUGUUUGAUAUUGACAAGACCUUGGUGACAAGUGCUAAAAAUAGAUUCAAUGACAAUUCUCCAUUGCAUCUUGCAACAGAGGGUGGUCAUUUAGAUGCAGUUCGGCUUAUGCUUUCUAAUGGAGUUUCUCCAGGGGAUGAGAACAAAGAUGGAUUUACUCCUGUCCAACUUGCUGCAAAAUGUGGCCAUUCUGAUGUUUUUGAUGUCUUUGCAAAGUCUGGAGUUACCAUGAAAAAUCCUAGCUCUAAAAUAGGCAUGACUGCUUUACAUAUAGCUGCAUAUUACGGAGAGGAGGAAAUAACAAGAGAACUGUUUAAAUUUAUACCAGCAGUAACAAAAUCUGCUCAACCAACCAAGCCUGAAAAUGCUCUUAUAAUGGAAUUGUGUUAUGAAAGUGAUUUGACUCCCCUGCAUCUGGCUUCUUUUUCUGGUAGUGAAAGUUGUGUUCGAGCUAUAUUGAACCAGCCACGAAUUCAAGUAGAUGGCGCAACACAUCCCUCAGGAUACACUCCUUUGCAUCUAGCAUGCUUGUCUGGGCAUGUUGGUGUUGUUGGACUUUUACUUAGCCGAUCAACAGAUCUACUAAAAAGUGUGGAUGCAGCAGGGCAGACAAGCUUGCAUAUUGCUGCAACCAAUGGCCACUACAAUAUGUGUCAAACUCUGUUGGGCCAAGGUGCCAAUGUCAAUGCGGUUGAUCGAAACAAAUGGAAUGCUCUUCAUUGUGCAGCAAAGGGAGGGUUCUUGGAUGUAUGUGCACUCUUGGUAAGUACAGGAACGUCAACUACUGAGCUAACCUCUCAAGAAAAAAAUGCGAUCUGGUAUGCAUGUGUUGAAGGAAACAAGAAUGUUGUUGAGUAUCUCCUUCGUCAUCCUCAUGACACUUAUGAACUACUUGAAGACAAUAAGUUUGUAUACAACCUCAUGAAGAUGGGAAAAACAGACAACCAGAAACCGAUUGAAAACUUCAUUUUUGUUUCUCCUGCCCCCUCUGAUACUGCAGCUAAGCUUUCGGCUAUUUAUAGAGACAUGGCUGGCACUGAAAAAGAAAGGGCAACUGACUUACUUGAAAGUGCAGAUUUUUGUGAAGAUCUUGCAAGGGAAAUGGUAGUUCUCUCCUCCCAUAUUGAAAGUCCAGGUCAAAUUCUGAAUGCAGUUGACAAUGAUAACAAUCAGUUCAUUGAUAUUCUUAUUGAAACCGAGCAAAAAAUGGUAAUAUCAGAAUAUGUUGUUCAGCAGUAUCUUCAAGAAAUCUGGAAUGGACAACUUGAUUGGGCAACUUGGAAACUUGUUGGAUUUUUCUUUUUAUUUGUUUUAAUUCCUCCCAUCUGGUUCUUUUACAGCCUACCCAUAAAUUACAGGAUGAAUAAAAUUCCUUUUGUCAAAUUUUUAUCUUAUCUCACCAGCCAUAUUUACUUUGUUCUCUUCUUGUGCCUCACAUGUGUUAUACCUCUUCAUUCAACAUUCAGGUUCAACAUGUGGCCCUUCUGGUAUGAAGCAAUAACCAUCACCUGGUAUGCUGGGCUUCUACUGGCUCAGUUGACUAACCCUGGUGCCAAGGGCGGACUGGCUUGGAUCAAGUCCUUUAAUGUAUUUCUUGGAGUUUGUGCCCUUUGUGUGCACAUUGUGGCAAUAUUUUUAGAUCCUUACUACUGGAGUCUCCUAAUUUACAUCAGGAACCAAUUUUUUGGGUUGACUCUUUUAAUGGCUCUGGCUCAAAUAUUAGAUUUUUUGGCCUUUCAUCCUUUGUUUGGACCCUGGGCAAUCAUUAUUGGGGAGCUUCUUCUGGAUGUGGGUAAAUUUGUAGUGGUUCUGAGCUUGUUUGUCUUGGGAUUUGCACUUUUAAUUACAUCAAUGAAUCAACCGUUUGGAUUCCCUGGUGAAUACAACAGCACCAAUACCGAAAACCUUCCCCAGGAUGAGUUCUUUGGCAUGGUGGCCGCUGAGGAGGGGGCUCAACCUUUCAUUCUCUUUCAGAAACUUUAUUUUGCUCUGUUUGGAGCAGCAGGACUAGAGGAUCUUCAAAUGUCGGAACAUAUUCAACCUUGGACUACAACAGCGUUUGAGCUAGUUUUUGCAUGCUACCUUCUUCUCACGGUUGUGGUUCUCAUCAAUCUUCUAAUAGCCAUGAUGUCAGAUACCUACGUCAGGAUCAAAGAACAGUCAGACAUAGAAUGGAAAUUUGGUUUGGCAAAACUGAUCAGAAAUAUGCAGAGGACGAAUGUUGCUCCAUCUCCAUUGAAUCUGUUUACAACUUGGAUGGUUCUUAUUCGUAAAAAAUAUCAAGAUGUCAGGGCUGAAAGACAAAGAGCAAAAAUGAAGUUUCGAAGAGCUAUGCGGGAAGAAAUAAUGGCAAAAGCACCAGGAAUGAGAUUUGUUGUGGAGGAACGGAGUAAAAAAACAGAAAAAAAGAAACCAAGAGUUAUUCAUGCUCUAGGUAAUCUUAAAUGGGGGUUUACUCCCCCUGGGCAAACUAAAGUAGGAGAUGUAGAACGGAUGCAGACCAAAUGGGACAGAGAUCAUCAUAUUAAAGUAAAGGAGCAAGCAACUUUUGGUUCCAAUCAAAGCCUUGAAGAAUUUAGACUUCUUAGCAAGACAAUUCCUUGGGCCACGGUUAUAAGGAGCUAUCUAGCUGGGAAAGGAAGAGAGGCUGAACUUAAACCUGCAACAGGAGAGGAAAAAGCUACGACUGUGAAUAGUAUAAUGAAGAGUAUUGCUAAUCUUAAGAAUGAUAAAUCUGGAAAAAUUCAAGCACAAAAAUGGACAAAGGUUCCGACUGAGACGAAAGCUAAGGUGAUAAAUAAAUGGGAGGAGAAAGCAAGAACAGGAUAAUGAAAUAAAAAAAAUUUAAAAAUGUCUACAUCUUGUUUCAUGAAUCUUGUGAACCUUAUUAAAAUAAAUAUAUUUCGGCACAACA